UGACAUUAACUGUGUCCUGGGUAACAGUGAACUGCCAUAUGGUUAAAACAAGCUGUCGCAUUGGCAGCAGUGGUGCCUAGAUUCGUAGUCAGCUGGAACAAUAGGCUGUCGGGAUAGAAGUGUCCACACCCAGCACUCUAGACCGACGGGGAGAGGAUAUCGGGCGAGUUUGACAGUCCCUUCAAGACAGGAUUAAGUUGAGGAUAGAGAGACCCGGAUAUUGAGACAUCACUUAUACGUCAGAGCGGACAUAGUGUGUGGUCAACACGAACACAAGGAUGGGGAACUUGUUUAGUCGCAGUGAUUCAGGGGACAUCACCCAACCAACACUCACAUCUGUCCAUCCCAUAGAGGACGAAGCUCCACCAUCACCGUCACCACCACCAGCAACAGCAGCAGCAGCAGAAGAGGACUUCGCCAUGUACAGACGACGCUACAGGGGCUACAGGCCAAGCGACCUAUACAGUUCAAACAGAAGCGGCUACUACAGAUAUUCCCGGCGAUACCCAUCGUACAGCUUCCCAAGAUGGCGUCCACGGGCGUGGGAGAGAGACCGGAAUUUCGUCACCGAUCUGGACGACGACCGAUCCAGAAACAGGGAGUUGAACAGAAUACUCAGACCACGUGAUGUGGUAGAAGCUAGCGAACCCGAGGUGCCAGUUGAAGAAGUUGCAACGAGGUUGCACGUCAAGAGCGUUGACUUACACAUUGACGACAAUGGGCGCGACCACAACACUGACAUGUACUCCUGUACGUCCGCCCGGACUGGGAGAGAUGGUGCCCGCAAACCGGCGGAGUUGGUUAUCCGCAGGGGCCAAGAGUUUACCCUGACCAUCAACUUUGACAGACCGUAUGACGUAAAGAAGAACGACAUAAGGCUUACCUUCAACCUCGGCGAUGAUUACAAACCAAACAAGAGCACGAACGCGACGUUCAACGUGGAUGAAACGGGCAGCAAGAAAUAUAAGCCCAGAAAGUGGGGAGCAUCGUUGGUGUCGCAGAAGGAGAAUUCCCUCACCCUGUCGGUCUUCGCACCAGCCUCCAUUCCGAUAGGAGAGUGGGAAUUCAGCGUCAAAACUAUCGUGGACGUCAAGGAUGGAAAGGACCUUAUCUGGCAGUACAACCACAAUGAAGACAUCAAUAUCAUCUUCAACCCGUUUUGUAAAGAGGACUGGGUGUACGUGGAAGACACGAGCUGGCAACAGGAAGCGGUUUUGAAUGACAAAGGGUCUCAGUAUUUCGGCACCUACAAUCGAAUAGGCGCCAGGUCCUGGUUCUUCGGCCAGUUCGAGGACGGCAUCCUUGAUGCAGCGUUCCAUCUGGUGAGGAAAGGGUACGGAUACCACUCCACACCCGACAUGGGCAACGCAGCAUCGGUAUCCAGGAUUAUCUCCCAGCUGGUGAACGCCCCCGACGACGACGGCGUGUUGGUUGGCAACUGGAGCGGGAAAUACGAGGGCGGGACGAAACCCACCCUUUGGAGUGGCAGCGUUAAGAUACUUCGUCAGUACAUGUCAACAUCUAAACCUGUCAAGUACGGCCAGUGCUGGGUCUUUUCUGGAGUCGUUACUGCAGUGUGUCGAGCACUUGGCCUCCCCUGUCGCAGCAUCACCAACUUCCAAUCUGCCCACAACACCGACAACGACCGUCUCAGCAUUGACGUCAUCUUAAAGCAGGACAAGAAUGGCGAGCAAUAUAACGACAGUAACGAUUCAGUUUGGAACUUCCACGUGUGGAACGAGGUGUGGAUGAGACGGCCUGACUUGAGCGACAACAACGAGUGGGAUGGUUGGCAGGUCAUAGAUGCCACACCUCAGGAAUACAGCGACGGGGUCUACUGCUGCGGCCCAGCUCCGGUCAAGGCCAUCAAAGAAGGGGAGAUAAAUGUCGGGAAAGAUGGCGCUUUCAUAUUUGCUGAAGUGAAUGCUGACCGCGUUGAAUACUUAGAGGAUCCUGUCACUAAUAUCUUGGUGGAGACCAGCAGGAGAACCAGCAACGUGGGCAAGAGCAUCAGUACCCACAUGCCAACGGCCAGGGCGUACAGGGGCGCCUCUAUGAGAAUGUUGAAUGCUAGAGACGAGAAAAUGGAACGUCUCGAUGUCACCGACCAGUACAAGUAUGAGGAAGACCUCGAAAAGGAAAGGAACAUCGUAAAGAGAGCAGAGCGCAUGUUCCGUAUGCUGCACGGUGGUGCCGACCUUGAGGAAGUAGAAGAAGUCGCGGACGUUGCUACAGUUGAGGACAUCGUACUUGACAUUGAAGAGAUCGAUGACAUAUUUGUGGGUAACGAUUUCGAGUUCACCGUACACGUGAGGAACAAAGGUAAAGAAGCCGUAGCUAUCAAGGACGUUACCCUGUCGGUGAUCUACAAAACGUACUUCGACGCUUCCACUGGAGUGGCGGGCGUGAGGAAGGUCAAGGACAUACAGCUGGGCCCGAACCAGACUGAGACGUUGAAGCUUGAAGUGGACAAAGACCGUGCUACUGCUAAUCCCAGCGGGGGUUUCAACUUUGAGCUGAAAGCUGUUGCGACCUUCUUCCACACAUUCCUCACCGUCAGCGCCAACGAACUGUUCCGACUGAGGAGACCGGACAUUGAAGUGAAGGGUCCCGAGACAUGCCGCCUGUCUGACGUCAUCAAAGUAGAACUGAUCUUCAAUAACCCAUUGGAUGUGAAGCUGACAGACUGCAAGAUUGACAUCGAAGGGGGUCUGGAGUGUGUGGACUUUGAGAUCGAAGAUUUGGAAGUGAAGGAUAUUGAACCGAGGGGUACGUGGAGUCAGACCCUCAACAUGAAGCCCCUCCCUCACCCCCAGAGUAGCAAGGACAGAGACAUCAGCAUCAGCUUCGACUCGGAACAGUUGCCUGACAUCAUUGGCUACUAUGCCGUGGAAAUCAAGUAGUUCUUGAUACACAAACAGAGACAUAUACUCAGCCCUUAGUCUGUCGCUGUCUGUGAUUCCUGCUGAAAACUGCUGACUCAACCAAAUCCUUCCUUGGCAACUGUCUCCGCAGCAUCUUGUUGGGAGUUUUCACUCCUACCCUUCCAAUAAUGCCUUAUACUAGACUGGAUCACCUGUGUGUAUGGUGUUGGGGUAUAACCCGGUUUAUGAAACAUGUAUCUCUGUGUUCUAUAUUUCAUAUUUCCUCCAUCAUUCAACCUCAAGACAUUUGGUGCCCGUUCUUUUGCUUCAGUUGCAACCGCACUAUGGAACUCACUUCCACUUAAAUUACGUACAGCUCCAUCCCUUCAAGUGUUCAAGAGUAACCUCAAAACAUACCUUUUCAGUCGAUACAAACAGUAACUCUCUCCAAGCUCAUAUUUACUACAAUACUGAUUCAUAUGACUUUUUGAUGUGUUUGUUUUAAACAUUUGUGCGCGCUUUGAGCAUGCCCCUUUGUGGUAUGGAGUAUUGCGCAAUAUAAGUACCCUUAUUAUUAUUAUAUCGAUUAUUCAUAACGCAGGUCUUGUUCUUUUAUGAAAUAUUGAACUUAAGAUAAAAUUCCCAAAUCUUAUUUGGCACAAUUAACUUCAAUAGGAAUAUGAUUCCCCUAUCUACAAUAUUUGUGUUUAUUCACGUUCUUCGAAUUGUAUUUGGUGCUUUUUGAAACGCCAAUAGGGAUGUAAUUCUCCUGUGGUAUAUUUUUGUGUUUAUCAAACUAAACGAAAUACAGUAUAGCAAAUUGGGAUUCAAGCUUAGAUAUUUGAAUUGUUUAAUUAUACAGAAAGCACAGAUUAUACAGAAGAGUAACUGUCUUUUCGAAAAAAACCCGUUUUUCUUGCAAAAAUCGUUGCUUUCAUUUUCAGUCCUCCCAAACCCUAGGUUUUAUGUGGCACUGAGCUCAAAUGAAUGAAUCAAACAUAGCUGCAGUCACAUGACUGACAGCGCAUUUGUGAAAGAAACAAUUCUUGGAAAUGCUCUAAAAUGCUGGCCUAUUUGUUAUAUGUGAUGAUAUAUUAACUAUAAUGUUCGUUAAAUGUACAUGGUAUUUUAUGCUCAAAAUAUGCAAUUUUCACAGGUUUAAUAUACACCUAGCCACCCAGCUUUACUUAUAAUGAUUGUAUAAAGGCUUGGAGUCAAUAACGGCAUGCAUUAGAUCACACUCGACUGAUGUACGUGGUACUCCCUAUUGUGUGCCCCCGUGAGUCAUGUCCCAUACAGCAGCAUGUGGCGGCCAUGUUAUGUCUAUUUGUUUCUCAUUUGUUUAGUCUUACUCAAAUAACAGUGCUUUAAUACUCGUCCAAUCAAAUAACGCAGACAGCGAGAGAAAUUCUGUGCGACCUAACCGACAAGACGUUCCUCCCGAAACGAAGCUGAGAUAGCGUACAACACUACAGAUAAAUGUACAUAUAAUAUGAGUUUAGAAUUUAGAGUUUACACAAGCUUUAUACUUUAGCUUCCUAAGUAUACAAUAUUAAACAAACAACAAUUGGGUACAGGGUGUGUACCAUAAUGGAAUCGGCAAGCGAGGAUGGGUAUGGUAUAUAAUCAUGAAUCUAUAGCUGUAUGAAAUUGUUGCUUGAUCUCACUGGGUAGUAAAUAGUCUUGUAGCAGCAUUUCCAUCAGUAACAUAUAGACAAUAUCCUACAAAAUUGGUUGCACCUUGGGAAUGUUUUUCUGCAUUAUCUAUCCUUUCCACUUAAAGCAAUAAAUACCACCCUCAAACUGUUUCUGUUUGCAAAAUAUAUAUUACAUUUAAACCUCAAAUUGCAAUUUUCUGUUUAGAUUUAAUACUUUUAUAUUUACAUUUUUUGCAACGUAUUACUUCUAAAGGUAUUCAGCAACACCAGAAGACCUCAAAAUGAUUACCUAUUAGGGGUAAGAAUAACAUUGAGCAUGAUGGAUAGAUCUGAAAUAGAUUACCCUUCCCAGAAAAGCUUGGUUGCAUCAAUCAUCGGUUAUCGUAAAAGUCGCCUUGAAGGGAGAAACUUAGAACGUUUCCAGAGAGAUAGGUUUUCCUGUUGUUGGCAACAGAAGUGGUACAGCCUGGAAUUGUUGCCUUGCUUGCCAUGUGCUGUUAUCCUGGGACAGAUCAGAUAUAUUUAUAUAUUUUCAGGUUAUAUUACUUCAUAGGUUUAUUUCACUAUCCCUGCAUAUACAUCUUUUUACUUGUUUGUAAAAAGUAUUGAGUUUGAAA